ACUUGGGACCACCACUGUCUUCCUUUCUCCUUAAUCUCUGCAAUAGACUCAAUCAUUUCUAUACUUUCUUGCUAAUCAUCCCCUUUUUAUGUUUCCACUCUUUUUUCACUCUCCAAACUACACUAACCCUGUCUACAUUGUAAUAGGCAGACACCCAUCUCACAAAGUUUCCUCCUUUUUCCCUUUUUUUUCUAAAGUUCACAUUUUUGGGUUUUGAGUGGCUAUGAUGAUGGUGAAGAAGCUCUUCUGCUUUCAGUAUUUUGCUCUUUCUAGUCUCCUCCUGGCUGUUCUUGUUUCCUCCAAGCACCAUGGAAAUUCUGCAAAUGAUCUUGUCGAUAUCAUCAACAAGAACAGAACUGGUCAAAAGCUUCCUCAACUUAGUAAUAGUCGUGGACUUGGAUGCAUAGCCUUGCAAUAUGCUAAGGAAUGCAUGGGGAACUGCAGUUCAAGCAACAGUGUAAAUUGUCACCCUUCUGAAGAUGACUUCACUGAAAUUUUUGCUCCAAAUUGUGGCGUCGAGCUUCCCACUUUUGGAACCAUAUCUGGCUUCAUUCUCGGCUGUCAACCAAAGUAUCUCGAGCCAUUGGAAGCCUUCUCAAAUGUACUUGUUCAUGACAAAAGAACUCUUUCACUUUUGAGGAACAAAACUCAUACUGAAGUUGGAGUCGGGAUAAUCAAAGCUCACAAGCACAAAGGACCUUACUUAUGGUGCAUUUUGUUUAGUAGUAGCCAAAGAAACACCACAUUCGUACUUGAUAAUCUUGGCGAAGGGAUUAAGCAGAAGAAAGGAUGCUAUAGUGGAACCAGCUUCCCUUGCAGCAGAGCACAUAGAGACGAAGGUCUUUUUUCGAACAAAAUUGGAAUUAUGGUUCUGCUCUGUGUUUUUAUCUUCUUUCAAGAAUCCCUUCUCAAACUUCUCUGAUAUUACUAUAUAUCUCUACUCAACUAAAAUUUUGUCUCUCAUUUCGCUGAAUCAACCUUGGGCGUCCAUUCAUGAUUCAUUUUUUAAAUUUCUCA